AUGGAAGAAUUUGAGGUAUUGGAUUUUUAAGAAUUGUAAGUUGAAAAAUAAGGAUUGGAAUAAGCAUCAAAAUUUUUAUAGAAAAAGAUACAAAAUGGAUUUAAAGUCAGUAUUGUAAUAAAAAAGUAACAUAACUUUGCAUUGCCUCCUUUGUAAUAAAAAAAAAAUGAUUUAUUCUCGAAAUAUCAUUAACCAGUUGAUAUAGUAAGAAUUACUUUAAGUUUUAGGUAAGUUAAAGUUCUGAGCCAACAGAAAACAAUGAUAAACAUGCUUCAUCAACAUCUUCUAAUUAAAGUAUUAAAAUGACUAAAAAUUAAAUUGUUUCUCCUACAUAGAAUGAAACUCCUAAUCAACACCUUAAUGAAUAAAUUAGCUAAUAAUCUGAUGAUGAAUAAGUUUCAUUUGAUAAAUUCAAUUCUAACAGUUUUGAAUAAUUGGUUAAGAAUGAUUAGCUUAGUUAAAAAAUAAAAAUUGGUAUGUCAUUUUUUAAAGAUGGAAAAUUUAAACUAGCUUUAGAGAGAAUAAUAGAUGUUUAUAAAGAAGCAAAUGAAAAAUUAAAAUAAUAAAUGGAUAAAUUAUAAAUAUCAGUAAUAAUAUUAGUAUGUGUUUAAUCAUUAUGUUAUGCAUCCUAGAUCUUCAAGGAAUUAGGAUAAAUUAAUGAAGCUUUAAAGUAUUAUAUUUUAAUUUAUAUUAAGAUGUUUAGAUAAAUGUUUAAAUUAAUUUGAAAUAAAUGAUUUUGAUUUACAAUCCAAAAUUUUUAUUGAAAAAGCAAAUCUCUUUUUGUGUAAUAAUCAAUACAUUCAAUCACUUGAUUACUAUAAGAAAGCAUUAAUAAAUUAUGAAUAAGUGAAUUGGAAAAUAGAUAUAGCCAAAAUAUUGGUUAAAAUAUCAUAUGUCUAUGCAUUGCUUCGUAAUAAUUAGAUUAAUAAAAUAGAUGAUAGUGAAGAUGCUAAAAAGAUUUGUUAUGAAGGACUCUCUAUAUUAUAAAGUAGAUUAGAACACCAAGAUCCAAGGAUAUUUGAAACCUAUUACACUUUAGGUUGUAUUUAUUAUCUAGAAAAAGAGUAUGACUUUGCUUUAGAGUAUUUAGAAUAAUCAAAAGAGGGAUUUAUCAAAUUGUAUUAAUAUUAAAACAUUUAAAUUUUAUAUAGAUAUGGAGAAAACCAUUAGUAAAUAUUUAAAGUAAUGAAUCUUCAAGGAGUCAUAUAUCAUUUAUAAGGUAAUAGUAAUAAUGCCAUCGAAAUUUAUGAAUAAAUUGUCGCAUAUCAUGGGUAUUACGACGUAUGAUUAUCUUUAAGCGACACAGAGUCUAUAGGUUUAGCAUUGAUCUUGAAUAACUUAGCUUUAGCUUAUUUAGAUAGAAUGAAGUUCAAAAGUGCCAAUUUGUCAUUUACCAAAGCCAUUUCCAUAUUGAAAUCAUAUUUCAAUGAAAAUCAUCAAUUUUUAUAGCGAGUCGAAAAAAACAAAAUGCUUGUAGCAUCCGCUACUUUAUCUUAUAUGUGA